AUGAGCCAUGAUCUAUUUAAUGAUGAAGAACAUACAGCGAAAUAUCGUCUGCAUCGACCUGGCUAUCCCAAGAAAUUAUAUGAAAUCAUUCUCGAUUAUUAUUUUCGUGGGAAAAUAACCAAUGAAAGAAUUCCACUCGCGCUCGACGUUGGAUGUGGCAGUGGGCAAGCAACCGUGGAUCUUAGUUUGUUUUGUGAACGUGUUAUCGGACUUGAUGUUAGUGCUAAUCAAAUAAGUCGUGCUAUGCCAAACGACAAUAUCGAAUACCGUUGUCAUACUGCUGAAAAUCUUUCAUUCCUUCAGUCGAACUCAGUCGAUCUAAUCACAGCUGCAACGACAUUGCACUGGCUUGACAUCGAAAUUUUCCUCGAAGAAGCGAAACGUGUUUUAAAACCAAACACCGGCGUCUUAGCGGUAUGGACUUACGCAUUAGGUACCUUAGAUAACCCAAUCGCUGAUGCUAUCUAUCAUGAAUUCCAUCAUGUGCUUUUGUUUCCGUAUUGGAACGUCAAACGAUGGCUAGCUGAUGAUUACUAUGAAUCGCUCGUCCCACUUUUACCGUUUAAAUCAACGUUAAGACACGCGACAAUUGAACAUCGAACAGAAACGACGUUGGGACAUUUCCUGGGCUUCAUUGAAUCAUUGUCAGGUUGCCAAACCUAUCGAAAACAGAAUGGCGAACAAGCGUAUGAAGAUAUGUUAGCAACUUUACGACAGAAAUUGAUUCAAUGCUAUGUGAAAACAAAACUCCGGAAUAGUACCGAUGAAACAACCGACUUCGAUUCAAUUAAAAUGUCUGUUUCGAGUCCAAUUCGGUUGUAUCUCAUGAGAAAAAAUCAUAUGUAA